GCCUGAUUGCGUUGUACGACUAAGUUGAUUACAUGUAGUGAAGUGGACGACUUCUUAGAUGAACCAUGAAAGUUUCUACAUUAGCUAUCUUAUGCUGCAUUUCAUUAUGCAGUGUCUUUAAAGCAGUAUUUUGCAAUUCCAACGCGGACCACAAAUGCGAAAGCCUUGCAAAUACUCCUUUUAAUGUCUGUACAUCAGCGGGCUACAAUUAUACUUUGCCACUACCAAAGAAGCUAACCGGGCGACUAAAGGAUGGCAUCUCAUUGUUCGUGAAACAUACUAUAGCGUCAUGGGAGAACUGCUCAGACCUCAAUUUGGCGGCGACCAUGGAGUGCUCGGCUAUGUUGCCCAAGUGCAGUGGUGAUGGAAAAAGAGUGCUUCCUUGCAAACGAGUCUGUGGAGAGUUUUUGAAGCAGUGUAUAAACACUGCAAGUGGAUUUACCGCCCUUUAUUUGGAUCACCUACUCAGUAUGUGCCACAUUCUCCCUGACUAUGAAAAGUCAAACGAUGAGAAGUGUUACGAGCCGCCUAACUUCAGCAUAAACGACAGCAUACCAAGUAAGUAUCGAUACGUCCUCAAUGAUUCGAUCGACCAAACUGAAAACGGCACGCAACUCUUUUUUAUGUAUGCAUGCAGAGUUGUGGCACCCUCCUACUGAAAUUUUACGGCCGAAUCGAAAUGUGGUAAAAUUUAUCAGUUAGAGACGGUGUGGUACAGGUCUUUAGGGUCGUGUGUGUUAUUACACAGCUCACUGAUUAGUCAUUUGGUUAACAUUACUAUGCUUGAAUAGGAUAUGUUUGCAUUAUUUUCAAAACAUGUCUUUUUUACUGACUUCGAAUAAUUAACUGUCAGUAUGGUCAGUCUUAAAACAAUAACAUCGCUAUCCAUCUAUAAUAAGAUAAAGAACGGGAAAUAUGCACUGACAAAGUGUAGCGAUAAAAAGCGAGAGUCUGAGAGUUACAUAAUAUAUGUAUAUACGCAGUGGAGAUAACAACAGCUGAACAUGAUAUACCCCAAAUCGGCUUAAAUCUCCCAAACGCCAAAGUUUAACUACGUUUUUAGCCUUCUUUAAUUUCAAAGCUAAGACGUCCCACCACGCAUAUCACUGGACGAAAAAACGGAUUUGCCUAAGUUUGCUAGUUGAGCAAAUCUAUUGUAAAUUUAGGGUACUAAUGUUGCUACUUAUUUGUUCUUGGUGCAAUUUUUGUUCGAAAGUGAAAGUUUACUUUUCUGCAAGGGUGGCGUAAAUGUGGAGUAAAUAUCAAGUUUACAGAUAUUUUGUUUCACUUUUGCUCCCCAUAGUAAAUUUGGUGUUUAGAUUCAAAUUUGCCGACAUUUUGUUCUCUGUGUAAAAAUCGAACGUCAAAAAUGAAUGUUUGCUUGAUAUUUUCUGGCAUAGCAAAGUUAAUGUGUAAAUUUAUGGUUACUAGAGGCGUAAAUUUAAGCAAAAUAUGAUCAAAGAACUAUCUUUACGACCACUUUAACCAACGUUUGCACAUUUACCAAACUUCACAGUGUUAUUUCACGCAAGUUUUGAUUUUCCAUUGCCCCGUUUCAAUCACCAUCACAUUCUUCUCAGAGUUUGUCAUAUUACUUGCUGCAGCUAGUUAUUUCGGGUAAGGCCAUUCCCCCUUUUUUUUCGUUUAGCGUCGAAUGCGUUUCCUGAUAUUGGGUCGGUGGCUCGGAAAAAAAAAAUAUCACAAGAAGUCUCGGAAUAGGAGGCCCUGACGUAAAACGUUACCAUUUACAAUUUGGGUGAACAAAAUGCACAAUAUGUGAAAGGUUUGAACCCAGGAGUCAUUUCAAUAGUAGAUUGCAGAGUUUCAUCGUCCGGGUGAAUGUAGUCCUGAAUGCACUCGAUCGCAAGAUCAGCCGCCAUGUUUGUUGUUUCCCCGGCUUCCACGUGACUUUGCCACAUGCGCGAUUUGAUUUACAUUGUCACAUGCGGCUUUUGAACCAAUAGAAUAGUGUAAAAUAAACUUUCGUUGAACAGUUCAAAUUCACGCGGACUUCUCAAGCAAUACAGCGUUGCCUGUCUUUCUAUUCAGCUGUUCUAUUACGAUUUAUACCUUUGUUAUUUUCGAGAGACAGUGAUCAUUUGCGAUAUUCUUCACAUAAAGCCUGUUUCCAAGUCAUCAACUCAGCUGGAUUGCAGAAAGGUAUGUUCUUCUUGAUAUCGUGGUUCGUUUACUUACUUUGGUUUUUUAAUAACUUUGCGUAAGCUUAAAACCUCAAAGAUAAAUCUUAAAAUUUAAGAUGCAUGCACAGAUAUGCCAUUGAUUGAUUCCUUUUUGUUUACUGCAGAAAUAACUGUACUCUUUGUUGCACAUCGUCUUCAUUAAUGGAAUAAUCUUAAGUAGCCAGAUCUUGAGCUGUGCAGGCAAACAUUUCUUUUACACCAAUAUAGGUCGGUGAUGUGACCUUAGCAUGUCCAUAAUUCAGUAAUUUGGCUUGUUGUACAGCUGAGUUAAUAUGUUAGAUCUUUGGGGUUACUGUACUUUUCAGGUGACAGCACUUGACAAAGCAGUGGUCACUAUAAUUUAUUAUUUAAUAUUCUACUACAUUUCAAAUGACAAAUGAUUUUCCUUUUGAAAUUUUUACAGUCAAAAACUCUUGUUUUACAUCUAUACAUAAUUAUCGUUCAGUGAUAUUGUGAAGUCUUAAUUUGGUUCAUUUUGCAAGUGACGGCAUAAGUUUGCCAGAUCUUGAAGCAUAUGUGUCAUUCUGAGUGACCAGUGUAUUAUUGUUCCACAUUUAAAUGACAAAUGAUUCUUAUUUCAUAAAUUGUACCAUCCAAAACUCUUAUGGCUUAUACAUAUGGCUCAGUGAUACUGUGAGAUCUUAAUUUUGGUUCAUUUUGCGAGUGACGGCACUUGCCAGAUCUUGGAGCCUACAGUAUGUGUCAUUCUGAGUGACCACUGUAUUAUUGUUCCACAUUUAAAUGACAAGUGAUUCUUCUUUCAUAAAUUGUACCAUCCAAAACUCUUAUGGUUUGUACAUAUGGUUCAGUGAUAUUGUGAGAUCUUAAUUUUGGCUCAUUUUGCGAGUGACGGCAUUUUUUUCAUUUUGCGAGUGAAGCCUAUGUGUCAUUCUGAGUGACCACUGUAUUAUUGUUCCACAUUUAAAUGACAAGUGAUUCUUCUUUCAUAAAUUGAAACCAUCCAAAACUCUUAUGGUUUAUACAUAUGGUUCAGUGCUAUUGUGAGAUCUUAAUUUUGGUUCAUUUUGCGAGUGACGGCGUAUGCCAGAUCUUGAAGCCUAUGUGUCAUUCUGAGUGACCACCGUAUUAUUGUUCCACAUUUAAAUGACAAGUGAUUCUUCUUUCAUAAAUUGUACCAUCCAAAACUCUUAUGCUUUAUAAAUAUGGUUCAGUAAUAUUGUGAGAUCUUAAUUUUGGCUCAUUUUGCGAGUGACGGCACUUGCCAGAUCUUGAAGCCUGUUUGUCAUUCUGAGUGACCACCGUAUUAUUGUUCCACAUUUAAAUGACAAUUGAUUCUUCUUUCAUAAAUUGUACCAUCCAAAACUCUCGUGGUUUAUAGAUAUGGUUCAGUGAUAUUGUGAGAUCUUAAUUUUGGUUCAUUUUAUGGUGACGGCGUAUGCCAGAUCUUGAAGCCUAUGUGUCAUUCUGAGUGACCACCGUAUUAUUGUUCCACAUUUAAAUGACAAGUGAUUCUUCUUUCAUAAAUUGUACCAUCCAAACCUCUUAUGCUUUAUAAAUAUGGUUCAGUGAUAUUGUGAGAUCUUAAUUUUGGCUCAUUUUGCGAGUGACGGCACUUGCCAGAUCUUGAAGCAUAAGUGUCAUUCCAAGUGACCACUGUAUUACUGUUCCACAUUUUAAAUGACAAUACCUCAUUAUUUAUACCUUUUGUACAGCUCAAUGAUGUAGAGGGAUCUUUGUUAGUUCAUUUUGCAAGUAAAUGCUUUGGCUUUAUCAUGCCAAAUAACCACAAUUAAUUAAUUAUUGUUCUAAGCAACAUGUGGGUUGCCUUAAUGUUAUGUUUCUCAGGUUCUGACCGGUUUUACGGUUUAUGUGAACAGUUGAGUCAUGGCUGUGCUCUGUUAGAGCCUGGUGACCUGUGGGACACUAUCAGUUCUGCUCUUGAAUGACAGGGGAAUUAAUUUAUUUCAGUUUUUAUUUACACUUGAAAGAGUCUUAAUGAAACAAAUGCAGAUUCAACAGAAAGAGGCAUUUCUGCUCUCUACUUUAACACCUGUUCCAAAAAACAUAUUAUAUAUUUAAUGAAAAAGUUAGUAGGAAUAAAAUGCAGGGAGAAAUUUUUCUCACAAAUAUCCUCAGACUGUUCCUUUGAUUAAGAGAGUGUUUUCAGCUUUUAGAAUCGUGUCAUUGUUCUGCAACCCAAUCAUUUACACUGAGCAUGAGCAGUACAUGCUUGUUUACCAACUGUGGGUUACUUGUUGGCUGCUAAAUCAUGGCUCUUCAUUUUUCUUUCAGAAAAAAAAUUAAAGGGCCAAUAUGCUCUGAGGGAGUCAACUAGCAUCAGUUAGUUAGACAAGGACAAGUACCUUGCAUGUAUGUCCGUUGCAUAUAUGUCAUCAGAGGAGUCUUUGUCUGAAACAGCUGUAUCAGAGUGGCAUGAAGGUAAUUCUUCAGGUUCAGGUGAGGACCUCCCAAACAGGGAAAAUCUCUGUGUAAGGCCACUUUCCUGGCAGAGCAUUGAGGUUAAUGGUUUAAUAGCCCAGUUAGACCGCAAAGUUGCAUGGUGUCAAAGCCAAUGAAGUGAAAAUAAUGGUAAUAGAGCACACAGUGACACCAGCAUCAAACCAAGGAGCACCAGAGUUUGAGUUUGAGUUUGAGUUUGCUCUGGCACCCACCACUUACAAUAGAAAAAGGAACUUGAUCAUAAGCAUAACCAGGGUUGUCAUUAAGAGCCGGGGGCCGGGGAUUUUCCCCGGCUACUAAGAGAGUGGCCCCCGGCUACUUUUAUUGGAAAAUAGAAGAAAAAUAGAACCAAAAGAAAUCCCUAGCCGUUUGAUUCCCCGCCUACUUGUUGUAUUUACCCGGCAACUUGAAAUCUUAGUGACAACCCUGAUAACACAGAUAAUUUUUUGAAGAACAUCAAGGCUGUGCUCUAAGGAAAAUUGAAGGGAGCCCAGUCCUCUGAAUCUGUAAAAUCUAGGGUGCCCAGCGUAUGAUUUGCAUGAAAAAUCUGUGAUUUUCUAGUCGCCCGAGGGCAAAAGUUGGGCACCAGGGGCCACUGGGCUCUGCUAGAGCACAGCCCUGAACAUUCAGAAAAGAAGAAGACAUUUUAGAUAAAAAUUUACAAAAAAAUAAUAACACUCAAGUUGAAGUUGACAUGUAUCAUGAUUCAGUUCCUUUUCAGUUAAGUUCCUAGAAUCAUAUUUACUCAGUAGACAAUUGCACAAUUUUUUGAGUUUUGAUGAAGACCUACCAUGUAGUAAGUGAAUAUCCUUUGACACCCGUGGGAAGGAGCCACAUUAAAACUAGGUAAAUUACCAAAUCUCAAAGUGAUUUGUCACAAUCCAAUGAAAAUCUUGCCUGUGUUGCAGACACUCUAAACCUUCUGUAUAGAGCAGCCGUCUGAGAAUUAGUGCACAAUAUCAUGUUUGAAUCCCACAGGGUCACAAAGACAUGCAUGUAUGUCAGUGUUUUGUGAUUGGCUAGGUUCUUACGCUGUUUGUGAUUAGUCCGAUUUGAAAUAAAGUGUUGACACAAAGUCACAUAAUCUCAAUGACCUUUGUAUGGUAUGGUGGAGCCACAAACUUUCCCUUACCAGACAAAUGUCUGCAAAAUUUGCCAUCUUUGCAGAGCUGUCCUCGUUAGUUUGCACCGAAUCACUCUGUAACUUGGCAACUUUACUGAAUUUUAAAAACCUUCCAUCUAGUAGCCUGUAAAUGCAGCUGUAUUUUCAGUCGUCGUGUCCAUUCACCCAACAUAUGUAAUUGGAGAUACAUCUGCAUCCACUUUCCGCACUGGUGACAGAUCCUAGGGCUACCCCAAGCACUGCCUUAAAAAGUGCCACUCCGAGGACUAAAUCUAGCCAAUACACCCCAUAGUAGAGUAAUUACUGGACUCCAAAUGCCAUCAUCCUAUUUUGUUCUUGGCAUAUUUUAUGAAAAAAGAGUGCAGUUAUGUUUUAUGCAAAAAAAAAAUACUGUGUGUGAUAACAGUUUUUUGAUAAGCAUGGCUUAAAUUUUAAUCACCUGCAUGCCAAUAACAAUAAUAAUGAUGAUGAAUUAAAGACGUUCUACAGAGCUUUCAUAGUGUAUAGAUUGUGUUUAGAUAAUUUGGAUAUUUAAUCAGUCCAAUACUGCAAGCAAAACAGCUGAUCAUGUGAAUCAGAAAAAAAUUGCUCAAAUUUUUAGCAAAUAAUUUGAUUUUAGUAGAAAAAAUAAAUGUAAUAAAUUAUUUAUGGUCAUAUAAUAAUACAAGAAUUUCACCAAAUCAUAUUAUUUACAGUGAUAUAAUAAUAAUAAUAAUAAUAAUAAUAAUAAUAAUAAUAAUAAUAAUAAUAAUAAUAAUAAUAAUACAAGUAUUUAACCAAAUCAGUGGAUAGCAGAUUUGCUUUCAUAACUUGAAACGCUUUUGGCUACCUAUAGGAUGAGAGUAAAAUUGGGGUGUCAUUUCAUGCUAGUUUUAGAAGUUUAGCAGUAAAUGAAGCACCUGUAUAAUAAAAUACAUGUACAUGCUAAAAAGGUGACAAAAUUAACCUUAUAAGUGUUUACUGCUGGGUAAAAAUAUAUCAAAGUCGUACCCAAAUCAUAGAAAUGCACAGAGCUUUCGCAUAGUAACUCAUUUUAUUUACAAGAAAUAUUUUUAUAUAACUGAUCUGGUUAAAAAUGAAUCAUACAGAUGAAUCUCCCCUUGGGGUAAGUGAAUAGCACUACGUACACUAUAUAAUAUUAUUCACUGCCUAUUUUGGGUAGUGGAUAAUAUUUAUCAGAUGAAAACAAGUUCUUAUAAAUAAUAAUUAGAGGAAUAUCGCUUAUCACAAUAAUUUGAGGCUAAUUUUAUUUCCUGUGGUUGAUGUUCUGUCCAUUAGUAAGGAUGUUACAUCUACAUUGGGAGUGAUGUGUACGUGUUGUCAUCGUACAACCAUUUGCCAAUAGUAUCAAUUGAAUCUAGAAAGAGUAUAUUUGAAGUAUACCACUCAAAUGGAGUUACGUUUUACCUGUACCAACCUUAGAUAAUUAUGAACCAGCUAGUGUUGACUUGCACUUUCAAACCCAAUGUACAUUCUUAUACACUUAUGAAUUUAGAUAGUUUCACAUUUUAUGUGCUUUUUAUUUAAAGGCAUAUAUUUUGUGAUACAUGCAGUGCCCUGCAGAGGCCAAUGGAACUUUCUUUUAAUUUAUCUUGCUUUUUAUUGUACAGUGUAUAUUAAAGAUAAUAAAGUCAUUUUAUUCUUGAAAUUUUGUUUGGUGUUUAAAUUGUUUGUCAGUCAUUUAUGGUACCAAAUAAAAAUAAGAAGCAUGUGGAUAAUGAUGCUUUGAUCAAAUUUGCUAUCUUGAGCGAAAGUGUAAAAAAGUGAUAUUUUAAUCAACUUUGUUUACCUUACGUAAAGUAUGGAAAACUGCUAUCAUGGCAAUGUUUGCUAUCCUGAGCAAAGAUACAGAAGAACUGAUAUUUGAUCACUUUUGCUACAGUGGGGAAAAGUAUGGGAAACUACUGUUUUGAUCAUAUCUGCCAUCCUGAGCAAAAUUGAGAAUAAAGUGGUAUUUGGCCAAAUUUGCUACCCUGAGCAAAACAGUGGCAAACGCCUAUUUUGAUCAUAUUUGCCACACUGAGCAAAGAUACGGAAGAAGUGAUAAUUUGACCUCAUUUACUACACUGGGCGAUACACAAAUAAGGUGAAUUUUUGCUCAGAUUUACUAUCCUGGGCAAAACUGUUGAAAAAUGAGUUUUGGUCACUUUUGCUACAUUGAGCAAAAAUGUGGCAAAUUAGUACUUUGACCGAAUUUGCUAUAGAGAGCAAAAGCAUUCAAAAAUUCAUCUUCGAUCGCUUUUGCCCAUUUGGGCAAAAACCUGACAAAUGUCAGUUUUGCUAUCAAGUUUGACACCCCUGUAAAUGCCUUGAUAAAGUAAAGGUUAUCCUUGUUUUUACACACGGGGCAAAUUUGAGGCAAAUUCGGCAUUUACCACCUUUGCCACUAAUGCAAAAUUAUGGCAAAGUUGGUCCUAUGUCAUGUGGCAAAAUUGAGCAAGUUACCGUAUUUAUUCGAUUAACCGCCCUGGGCGCUUAUUAAAUUUUUGGACCUUGAGAGUGGGCGCUUAUUCGAGAUGGGCGUUUAUUCGAGGCUGGGCGCUUAUUAAAUUUUCACCAUUUUCAGAAAGUGAAGUAUGUUUAUUUUGCAACAAAACAAUAAAUGCUAAUGACAAAACGCGAAGAAGUAACAAAGCAGGUUUCUGUAAAAUACUCUGAAGAAAACUCCGUCCUCUGGGAAGUCUCUUAUUAGAAUGUCUUCACUCAAGUGGGUGGGGUAGGGGUGAACGCUUAUUUUGAGUUUGAUUGAGAAGGGGAGGGGUGGGCGCUUAUUCGAGGCUGGGCGCUUAUUAACUUUUUCUACCUUUAGGAUGGGCGCUUAUUCGAGGUGGGCGCUAAUUCGAGGUUGGGCGCUUAUUCGAAUAAAUACGGUAAGCAAAUGUGGCAUUUGCAGAUGAUUUGCUCCAAAUUUGCUAUAGAGGUAAAUCCGUUUUUUCGUCCAGUGAUAUGGCUUAGAAGAAAUAUCAUAUCGGGUGUAAACAGUGGCUUCAGUGAGACAUUCAAUACAGGCCGCAGUUUACUGCCCAAGACUUCCGGACUGUCUGAUCUGUCGUAACAACUCGGCUUAGCAACGAAGCCGGUGACAUCCCUGGUCACACCUCCCGUAAGCGACCACCACAAAUACAAAGGUUCACUGGUCGCUUUUUUUUACGGAAAUUGACCAACUAGAGUCUCCUCCUAGAAGCUUGAGGUCCAGUCACAUCUACGUCUUGAAUUAGGAGAGGAUUCUUUACACUGUUUACUCGAGUUUAUAUUACAUUUUCUAAGUAAAGAUAUGAGUAGUUGCCGCUAAAUUGCCUUCUCUUGGAAGUAUAGUACAUACAGCAAACAGAGAUCAAAUCAUCGCUUAUGCCAAGGCUAAACGUCGAAAUUUUUCGGGUAACGAAGCCCCCUGCAAUUAACUUAGGCCUCGGCCAAACGUCGAACUUUUCAUGAAUCGAACCAAACUUAGGCUUUGGAGGUUAGUUUAUGAAAGUUCGACUUCUGGCUUAGUCAAGUUCGUCUGAGUGAGUUUAGAUCGUCCAACAGGAAACAAACGAAAAUUCUAAAGCCGAGGCGGUCGUUUGCGAGAGGUUCCAACUGAAGUGAUCUCACUGGGAAUAUUUUUGGAUAGGUGGUCGCUUAAAGUGCACAUAGUGUAUUCGCAUAUCAGCCGCAAAUUUGUUAAAGAAUAGAAUAAAAAAAGAAAAAUUGCCAUAAACGAUGCCGCAAAUUGUUUUCGAUUUGAGAUAAAUCUAUUAUUUAUUUUUUUUUUACAGAUUUUUAAAUAUGUAGAACUAUCAUAUUAGGCCGUGACAUUUUUGGCCUGGGGCGAGUGACGUAUUUUGAGGCAUUGUUCUCCUUACGGUCCAGCACGCAUGUCAGAGUUCGAGGUCGUAUGGGACUGGGUCUCUUAAAAAGUGAAUCCAAGCGGUUUCAAUUCGCCACUCUGAGGUUGCGUGGGAGACCAGGUCGAGAUGGUUGUCAAAGUGCAUUGUGGGACUGUUUUGGGGAUCGAAUUUGCCGCCAUGUUGAAAAUGCGUCUCCUAAAACAGUCCCACAAUGCACUUUGACAACCAUCUCGACCCGCUCUCCCGCUCAAGGAUUGUAUCUUUGAGGAAAACGAGCCGUACGGUACGGAGGAAAAGGGAAAAAAAUUAAAUAUUAUCAAAGAUCGCUGCAAGCUUUCCUUUCUUUCCCGUUUACGUAAACCACGCGUCUCCUCUCGCGUUGUGUGCGUCUUUCUCGCAUGUGAACCCUCACUGAGAAAUCCACUCUGUCCCAAUGGUUGUUCGCUAUCCACUUUGAAACCGCAUUCAGGUUAUUCUAAGGAAACCAUCCGUGAGGUAGUCUUAAGUACGGGGGUGUACUCACAAUCGGAUGGCCUAUAUACGGGGAGGCUCCGCCUGAAAGGGGUACACGGCCUUUUCCGGCUUCAGGUAAAUGAAACUAUAAAAGGGUAGGGAUUUUGGACUCGGAAAUGUGUCAUUUCGGUUUGUAAAACUAAGCCCAGCCCAAGGGCUAACCGAUCUUUUUUUUAUGGCUGUGAAAAAUUAUAGAAAACGUUCCGGUUUUGUGAUUUGUUCGCAUUUUAAAGACAAUGCAUUUACAGCCGUUUUGUAAGAGAUGCAAAGAUCUGAACCAGAUAUGUGAAAGGGGUACGCUUUAUUGAUAGAAGGUAUACGAAAGGGUCGCCCUUUCUGUCAAAAAUGGUAUUAAAAAAAGUAAGGGGUGAGACCUCGGGGCGGUGCCUCCCCGUAUAAAACUUUGUUGAGUACCCCCCCGGCUCCUUUUUCUGUUCUUCUUUUAGGUCCCUUGGAUCGUGGGUGUCAGGAGUUGAUUAUUCCGGCUUGUAAAGACUUGGGUGUUUACUCACACACUCUUUUGUCGGAGUCGGUUCAGAAGCAUCUAUACCUGACUCUUUGGAGAAAAUCUUACAACAAAAGUGACCUGCAAAGGGAUUUUCCAAAGAUGUUCGAAAACACUUUUGCAAAGUAUCCGAAGUGUCGAAGAAAUGCAGAGACGUUAUUUUGUGGCGAUAUGUUUCCCCCGUGUUUUCUGCAUGAAACCAAGGCCGUUUAUAAGACUCCUUGUAGAUCGCUGUGUAAUGACAUCGCCAGAGAAUGCCCGGGAUAUUUCAGGUAAAGCUUUGAUUAAGUACCGUGAAGUUUCGAAAGUAACGACCCUCGUUACUUUCGGAUUUAGCACAACCUCGUCCCCAGGGCGCUUUUCUCCACCUCCAAAGCCAGGGAAAAGCGCCCUGGGGACGAGGUUGGAUUUAGCAGCCUUUUCGCUACUUUCAGAGGGUCGCUAUGUAGGAUAGCUAAAACGCUGGUGUGCUGUCACGCAUGGGCCGCUGGUUAUGGUGAUAACAUGAUCGCGACCAUGUGAAAACGCUUUUUAUUUGGAGAAACGUAUUUCAUGUUUCAAAAGAAUUGUGUGAUUAACGUGUCGUAUUAACGUUUCGAUUAACGUUUCGUAUUCCCAGACGAAAGGAAGACUUCAAGUAAAGUAUCUUUUUGGGUUACAUAAAGGAUUUUAUAAAAUAACUAACUAAGAUAGUGCGCGCGUUCUGAUUGUUUAAAAACCUAUGGUUUAUUGUGCCGGUAAACUCAUAGAAAACUCCAUUUUACUUAAAGUUAUUUUAUAAACGCAAUAGACCCCCGGGAAUAGACCACACUUUCUAUGGGUUGACCGGCGUGAUAACCCACGCGGGAUGUUGGGGGAGCACUCGAAAAGCUUCAAUGUAAAUCACUCGCCUUCGGCUCAUGAUUUACAAGCUUUUCUCCUGUUCUCCGAACAUCCCGCGUGGGUUAUCACGCCGGUGAAUCCAUAGAAAGUGUGGUCUACUGGUUAAAUAACCGUUAAAAGUAAACCUCGGAUCACUAAGGUAAAUUUUGUUGUCUCUAUAAAUUUCCUUUUCAGUCCGGCACAGUUAUCAAAGUCGAUAACCUGGACAAAAACAAACUAUUAGCCAAUCAAACUUUAAGCAAAAAGGGAAACUACUUUAGAGGUCGCUACUAUACUUUCGCAGGGUCCUUAUUUUCGGGGCGUCGCUACUUUUGGAAUUUGUUAACACUUGCGGAAUUUCAUCGCUAUAACAAAAAGGGACAUAACUUUAAUUUAAAGUGACUACUUUAGGAAAGUCGUUAUUUUCGAAACGUGUUACGGUAGUAUCUUAUGGAGCGUUUUCACAUGACGUCAUGUUGUUCCAAAACAAUGAAGCAACGGCUAUGUUGGUGUUUCAAGCCAGUUGUACGGGUGUGUGAACUGAACCUGUCUCUCAUAUAAAAAAAACUUUCUUAUGUUCCAGUAAAUUAGCAUAGUUGCUGGUUACGUGAGUGAAAAGGCUCCAUUGGCUGUUUCUAGAUAGGAGUUUUAAUUAAAUGUCAAUCUGGGACGAACUUGGACAAUAGAUUGACUAAAUGUUGUAGCUGAAGAGGGUCGCAGUGGCGAAGUGAUUUUGGCGAUAAACGCACGGUCAAUAUCCUGGUCUAACGCAAUUAAUGGUUAACCUUUUUUUUCGUUAUGGUUAGCAGAAUUCUUACAAUGCAAAAUUAUUUGUUUUAUAACAAGCGAAAAUAGGACCCGCCCGAUUUGUUUUGUUUGUUUAUUUUCCUUUCAGUAAUGACCUCAAUGAUGCAGAAUAUUGUGGUUUCCUUCCAGAGGGAGACACGGGCGAUUUGUUUUGUGACAUAAAGGAAUGGCCUUCUCCAUUUCAUUGGCUCGAUUAUUUAGGUCAGUGAUUGUUACAUUAUUGUAUGAGUGUGGUUUAUAUGGUCACAUGCAAGAAGACGCACCAUGACUCUCGCGAGUAUUUCCAGCAGAUCAGAAGUGCUGUUUUCAGGCAAUUUAGAAUAUUAAAUAUGUUCCGCGCUGCAAGUUCUUAAACCUAACCGAGGCCUUCCAGUUCUUUGAAUUUCCAUUAAGGUGUUUUCAUAUUAGAUCGGAGGGGUAACCUUAGUAACUUGUAACCAUCAAAGAUUACAGGGUGUGUACAGCAAAUCUCGAUCUCAGGCUCUCUCUCUCUCUUUGGCAAGUCGGUGAUGAUGACAUUCACCCCAGAAAAAUGGGCGGGAAUGUGAUACCAGAUACGUGUUCCAUGAUCCGUUCACCAGUUGUCCUUUGUCCCAUACACUACUGCUCACUCCAGUUGUAUUAGGGCUGUGUUCUUCUACAUCGAAGGCAAAACAUGAGACCCUUAUGUAGUCAAUGCUAUAUGACAAAAGGCAACCCCCUCCAGGAUGCAAUGACAAUUCCUUAUUGGACUGUCAUCCUCACAUUAUAAAGGCGUAGUCCAGGAUUGUUUUACGACGCCAAAGGAGUUCUUGUAAUAAAAUUUGCAAAAAUGUGAAUUUACUUGCGCAACGCUAGCAUUACGCCAGAAAUGGUUGGAGAUGACCCUUCCAGGCUGUCCUUUUACUAUAGCAACAGCCAGUUUAUCGAAAAUAAGUUACCCAUUUCAGCUGUAGGUGUCCGAUCAACUCAGUGUCAACUUUGCUUUUGGUUUUAACUUUUGUUUUCCACAGAUCUCCCGACAACAACGUCACCACCAUCCAAGGAACCAAAUAAGCAGGGCCCCAAAGGGUGGGUCAUUGCUGUGGCAGUGCUGUCGUGCCUGGCAGUUGUGGGGCUCGUCUUGGGGGGCUUAAUUUGGUGGAAGUGGCGAAGGACAUCACCUGGAGUGGCGUACGAGAAACAGCACGAUGAAGAAGGCGCUCAAUAG